AAAGAAAAUGACGCCAUCACUGUCUAUAUCUGAGUAGUCUAACAUAUCUAAUAUGUCCAAUCCUCAUCUAAAAUGAGACUGUGACAGGUAUGAUGUCAUCAGUCCUCUCUCUUCUGCCCCCACUGGACGAAUCCGGAACUGCCUGGAAAGUUCAUGAACUCUCUGGUGCUGAAGAACACGCGCUAUAAAGCCGAGCGACUCGCAGCACUCGAGUCAAAUCUAAACGCCUCACGAGCGGACGAACCAGAGAGACUCGAGAACACAAACCCUGAACAUGUUGAUCCCGCAUGGAUUCCAGCCUUCCUUCAGCUCACUGAUGGGAACCGAGUGGCCAGUACAGCGCAGUCUCUGUCCGGAGAUCACAGCUCUUCACAGACACGCAGAAGUGCUGCAGGAGGAGAGGAGCAGCCUGGAGAAACUGCAGCAGCAGAUCUUUGAGGAGAUCUAUCCAGUCUCCUGCGCAGUGGAGAGAGACGGAAGCCGCUUUGCUUUGACGCUGGACACUCGCGACUUUUCCCCGGAGGAGCUGUCGGUCAGGCAGGUGGGCAGGAAGCUGCAGGUCUGCGGAAAGACCCAGAAGAAGCAGGAGGAUCCUGGGAAAGGCUCGUACUCGUGCAGAAUCCAGGAGUUCAGACGGGUGUUUGACCUGCCUGAAGGAGUGAAUCCUGAGGGAUUGUCCUGCUCCAUGGCUGAUGGUGGGAAGCUCUACAUACAGGCGCCAGUGAAUCAGAGAUCUGAAGACGCUGAGAGGAAGAUUUCCACUGACUGUGAAGAUGAAGACAGUCGAGACACAACAUGAAGCCACGACUGAUCAGCUCUGCUGGACUGACUCAAAUGAUGCUUCGUUUUUAUAUAAAUCCUGUACAGUUUGAGUAAAAUAUCACAUUUAUUUAUUUAAUCUCCAUGUAGCCUAUAGUUUAUUUAACAUGGAUAUACAGUGCGAUACUUUUCCUCACAUUUACUAUGAAAAAUAUUAGUAACAUUUUACACAAGCUCCAAUUGUUAACUUUAACAAGAACAAAAAUGUUGAACUUCUAAAGCAUUUAUUGAUCUUAAUAUAUUGAAAUAAAAAAUUGUAUCUGAUCAUUUAAUGCACCUGAGCGAACAUGAGCUAACAAUAAACAGUUGUAUUUUUAUUUAUUUUAAAAGAUGAAACUGUAUUGCUCUGUAUUUUUAAACGCUGUUUUGUGACAAAUGUAUUGCUCAUUUAAUAUUAGUUAUGCAUUUACUUACAUUUACUAAUGGGAGUUUAUUGUAAAGUGUUACUGAAAUAUCAUGUGCAGAAACCAAAUGUAAUGAAUCAAUGCUAGAGCUUGUACUGAAACUCAUCUUAAAGAAAUGGUGCAGCUAAAAAUUAAAUUGAAACAGGUAUUUUUAGAAGAAUGAA